UGGUGUAUUGCUCUGUGUCAACUCCACAGGAUAUAAGAAUGACAGUGAAGGCUUUGACUCACCAUAGUCCUUUUCAACUGAUCUGGGAUCAAGUUCAAGGCCAUCUACUGAAAGAGAAAUAUUGAAAGACAUUGGUUUCUUCACAUUAGAAAAGGGGUUCUUCUGUAUGAGAUAUAUUGAUACAUUGGCAUUUUUGGUCUGUGCUCUUUGCCUAAGGUUAUUGGUCCUAAAGGACUGUUUUUUCAACAGGUGAGAAACAGUGAGUAGCAGAAAAACCUGCAAUGAGGUCCCUGAAUUCAACCUCCUUUUUGAACACCACUAUUGUGCGUCCUGAGUUCUUUUUUGUACGUGGUCUCACUGGUAUUCCCCACACAAAAUACUACUAUUUCUUCUUGUGCUUCGUUUAUGCUGUGACUCUACUGGCGAACACUUUUGUCAUGCUUAUGAUUUACACCGACCACUGUCUUCACAAUCCGAAAUACAUUGCAGUGUUUAAUUUGGCUUUGUCCGACUUGUGUGGAAGCACUGCACUUGUUCCUCAGAUGCUUGACACCUUGCUGUUUAAAUCACAGCUAAUAGCCUUCGAGGCCUGCCUGACUAACCUGUAUUUUAUUUAUGUCUUUUACGCGAUGCAGUCUCUCACUCUCACUGCUCUAUCCUAUGAUAGAUUUGUUGCUAUAUGCUUUCCACUGAGAUACAAUGAGAUUGUGACUAGUAAAUCAAUGUUGGUGAUCGUAAGUAUAUUGUGGAUGUUUACAUCAGUUGCCACUCUCAUACCUACAAUUAUUCUCAGCAAACUGUCAUUCUGCGAAUCCAUUGUGGUGAACAGUUUUUUCUGCGACUACGGACCCAUAUACAAUUUGGCUUGCAAUGACAACACUCCAAGUAAUGCGAUUGGCUGGGCGUAUCCUGUGGUGUUUCUAUGGUUUCCGUUACUGUUUAUCAUAGGCACAUAUAUUUCUAUAGCCAGAGCAUUAUUGAAAAUUGCUGCGGCAUCCGAGCGCCUCAAAGCCAUGAAAACCUGCAGCGCUCAUUUGAUCUUGGUGAGUGUGUAUUAUUUUCCUUUAUGCAUCUCUUUCAUACUGAGCUUCAGCAUUCACCAGAACAUCAGAAUUAUGAACAUGUCUCUGGCGAUGGUCUUGCCACCGAUGCUGAAUCCAAUCAUUUACUCACUGAAGACGGACGAAUUCAGAGAAUCCGUUAAGAAGCUGUACAAGCGAAAGAAGAUACACAUCACUGUAAGAAAUAAAUGAAUAAACGUUUCAAUCGUGAAUGACUGACUGGGACGUUUGACUCUCACUUUCGGUGUAGGAGAGCACAGAAGACCACGUUCCGUCCUCUGAUAUACGUGGACAUCAAACCGCUGCAGUCCACAAAAUUUGCUGUCGAACAGAAGCUGAGUUUUGUGGACAAGCCGGAAUGAGCCGGAAGGGGGCACGUCAUGUGCAGGUUUGAGAAAGCAGAUAAAUUUAUUUAUGAGGCAUCUGCCAACUUUAUUGUAUAUUUUUAAAUCCUUAUGCAAUGUAAUUGGACAUAAUUCCAUGAAAAUAUCCUAAAUGUGUAACAAUGGUUUUAUACAAAUAUGGGAACUCUGUACGUUGUAAUGAAUUGGAAAUGGUUCAGGAUUUGGCAAUUCUAUGCAAAUACCUGAAUUACGCAAUAAUCUAUCUUGCAAUGAAAUUGAUUUUAUUGCAUUAUCAUUAAACCUACAUGGUUUUUGCCUGUAUGUACAGAGUGUUCCCCUUGAGGGUUGCAGUUCUUGGAUGCCUGUGCAUCUACUUUGGGACCUCUCUGGUGCAGCAGUGAUUUGUAGUGAAUUUUCCAUAUUGUACCUCUAUAACCCAUUACAUGUUUGACUUGGGCAAAACCUUUAAGGCUGGAGCGGUGAUCCUGCUGUCAAUGCAAAUACAAAGUUUCAUAGGCUUCGGUGUAACGGCUUUGGAAUUAUUGGCAUUUUUGUGAUAAGCUAUGGCUGCUGCAAAUUCACUGAAUCCUCCCAUGGCCAUUUUUUGACAUAACCAUUUGAAAAGUAACU